GCGGCACCUGCCAGCCACCGGAAGUGGGACUGGGGCCGUCUGGGAGGGUCUUGGGUGCUAGGGCUGGGGUCUGAGCGGUUUGUUCGUGAGUCCCGCCUCCUCACCUCGAGUACCCCGGUUUCCUGCUCUGUACCCGGAGAGAGCUGGUCCAGCCCAAAGAUCUCUAAGCGUCCUUCCUGUGGGGCUGGCUGGGGCCCGGAGGAUCUCUAAGCAUCCUUGGACAUAAGGAAGCCUCCUUCCUCCCAGAGACCAUGGCUUCAGCUUCAGACUCGUCCCUGGGCCGGGACAGCUCCUUGCUGGCUGCGGAGCUGAGGGAGGAAGCCAGAGCUGAGGCAGAGGAGGAGAACAGGGGCCUGUGUGAGCAGAUGCUGCUGCAGGCCAUGCAGAAGAUCCUGGAUGCCCAGUCACCCAUGCCUGACUCCAGGCAGAUCCAGCCCAAGCCUGGUUUCUGUGUCAAGACCCGCUCCCCAGAGGGAAAGGUUUUCAUCAAUGUGUGUCAAUCGGACGCCAUCCCGGCCCCAGCCGAUCUCAGUGAGCAGGAGCUGCUGUGUGUGCUCGAAGGGGACCAGGCUGCCUUCCGCAUCCCCAUGAGCCUGGGAGAGCCCCAUGCCGAGCUGGACCGAGGUGGGCCUCAGCCCGGGGCCGUUGCCUCUCUCCUUCCCCUCCCUGGGCAGUGUCAAGGCCUAUCUCUGGUUUGGGUGGUUCCCUCCUUUCAUCUCUCUCUCUCUCUCUCUCUCUCUCUCUCUCUCUC